AUGAGCUUGGCUUGCUUGGCCGCUUUUGCGGCGAAGAACAGGACGAUCAACAAGGGUGGAGUGUCGCCCAUGCAAGCCGUGACGGGCCGGAGCACCACCAUCCCCGGUUCCUUGAUGCAGCAGAUAAGCACGGGCCAGAUGCGGUACCAGUACAACCAGGCGAUGGAGACCAACGAGGCUCUGCAGCGAGCAGAUCGGAUACGACAUGGGGCCAUUGAGGCCUUUCACUGGCUGGAUGCUCACACGGCGCUGCGGAAGGCCCUGACUUCGCGAUCCCGGCCACCCACCUUGGAAGGCAUCCGAGAAGGGGCGGUGGUGUAUGUUUAUGAUCCGCCCGUGAGCCGUCGGGGGCAAGCCCGUCGAUUGCAGGAUCACUCUUCCUGGAGUGGUCCCGGGGUGAUUGUCUGCGUGGAGAGGGACACGCCAGUUCCUCAACGGGUCUGGGUGAGGCUGCGGGGCAGGGUCAAGGCGUUCCCCCUGGAGAAGAUCCGGCUGGCAACUUUGGACGAGGUCGCAAGCGCCCAGUUUGUCAACGAGGCGCUGAAGGAGGUGGAGACUGAGUUGCAGGGUGGCCAGAUGCUUGUCGAUGCCGGGGACGAACCGCCGAAAGAUGCAGCACCCCCUCGUCAAGGCAAGCCGACCGGAGCCGGAGAUUCCUCUUCCUCUUCGGAUACGUCGGAUACGGAUGGUGGGGAAGCGGCACGGCCCUCGGCGGAUCCGCAGGCGGAGGAGCAAGAGCGCCGGGCCAAGCUUUUAGACGAUGUCCCGAUGGCCAUGCGAAACUGGGCGGAUCGCCGAAAGUCCGAGCAGGCGGCGCUGGACGACCCGCAUGCAUGGGACUUCGCCAAGAAGCAGAAGGUCUUCGAGAAGCUGGCUCAGAGUCUGGAGCCUCCGAGUGUCCUGGAAGAGGCGCAAAUCAGGGACCACCUGACCAGCAUCUACAGCAAGUUCAAGGAAGUGAAGAAGGCCUUGAAGCCCAAGCCAGGGGGCCGCACACGUGGCGGCGGCAAGGCGGGCACUCGUGCAGAAGCUGGCCGACAUGCCAGCGGGGUGAUGCUGGUGGAAGAUGACGUGGAUGUGGGCCGAUGGCUGCGCCCAGGCGAGUAUGAGGCACUGCUGAGUGACACACUGGGUCACUGGACACUGUGGAGUGCCCCGUCCAAGAGUGCCGGCGUCGCUGGUCUGCAGGAAGUCUCGGUUCGUAUGCAGCACGAGGAGGAGGGGGCCUUGGAAGAAGGUGUCACCGAGGUGAAGACUGGGAAGGCUCGGAUCGAGUACCGGUGGAAGGACCUCGAUGACAGUUGGAAGGCCGCUUUUGUGCCGGCACUCAAGAAGGCGGUGGGCGUGUACCUGGAGCACAACGGGAUCCGUGGCGUUCCGACCGGCAAGGUGCUCGACCCAAAACGGGUGUUGUCGUCGCGCUUUGUACUCACCAACAAGGGUGAGGAGGAGCUCUCGGCGGCGGAGCUCAAGGCGAGAUGGAUCUUCGGUGGACACAAGGAUCCGGACGCCGGCCUCUAUGCUACGAGCGCGCCGACGGCGAGUACCUUGGCGCACAACCUCCUGAACUUCGUGGCGGUGCAGUUGGGCUGGACCGUGCACUACGAGGAUGUCUCCUCGGCCUUUCUCCAAGGGAAGGAUCUUCCAAGGGCUGAGAAGGUGUUUGUUCGAGUUCCCCAUGGCUAUCCUCAAGAGGUGUUGGACUACUUGGUGGAAGGCCUGGGCGGGGGUGAUCUACGUGAUGAUGUGGUGGAAUUGACGAAGGCCGGCUUCGGCCUCCCUGAGAGCCCACGGCUGUGGUACUUGGAGUACAAGGACACCAUCGAGGACAUUGGCCUGGGCGAGCUCACUUUGGUGCCAGGACUGUUUCGGGCCUUCCACGCGGAUGGCAGUUUGAGGGCAAUGGCCUCUAUACAUGUGGACGACACGCGCUACGCGGGAGACUCCACCAGCGCAGUGCUUUGGGACCUCCUACACCAACGGCUCAAGUUUGGCAAGAUGCGGAAAGCCACGGAUGGAUGGCAGAAAUUCUGUGGCCGUUGGGAACGACAAGAUGGGGAUGGUCAUGGGAUGCAGAUUAGCAUGCAAGAGUAUAUCAAAACCAUCCCGAUGGUGAAGGGCCGUCCGCCUGUCUUCGACGUCAACUUCACGGGGGUCUUCAACUUCGGGUUCAGAGCCGACUUCUACGUCAACUUCUGGGGGGUCUUCAACGUCGGGUUCAGAACCGACUUCUACGUCAACUUCUGGGGGGCCUUCAACGUCGGGUUCAGAGCUGACUUCUACGUCAACUUCUGGGGGGCCUUCAAC